UAAGCCCCUAAAUUGGUAACCGGCGUCGUUUGAAAGGUUGAAACCACAAGUAUGUAACCGGGUCGCGUGUGUGUGUUUGACCGCAGUCACAGCGGAGAAAUGAAGCGCUGAAGAUGACGCUCCUGGAUUUACCGGCUAGCUAAGCUAACGGCUAGCAUGUCCGCCUCGGUUGUAGUCUGUCACUAGCUGACAUUUAGCUGGGUGCAGUUAUUCUGUUGGGCACUCGCACUGCAGAGGACGGGGUUUUACAAGGGAGCUGGUGUAAACUCCCAUGCGGAAGGUGAGGAAGUGGGAAUGUGAGACAGUUGUUAGCGGACUCAACAUGGGUAGGGGCCGAGGCAGAGGAAGAGGAAGGGGCAGGGGCUCAUCUGGCCAGUUGCGGCCCCCCUCGCCCUACAGACUGCAGCUCUCUCCUUCCAGGGAGACACUGACAUACGCUCAGGCACAGAAAAUAGUGGAAGUGGACCUCGAUGGAAGGCUCCAUCGGAUUAACAUCACAGAUCCUUUGCCAGUCAUAACUGAGGAUGAGAUGAUGGCCCAGGACAUUGCUGAGUGCAACAGCAACAAGGAGAACAGUGAGCAGAUGCAGAGUAAAAGCAGGUCGUGGAGGAAACCUUCAAACAGUAAAGGCAGGAAGAGUGGUAAAAAUACUUCUCACCAGAAUCAACGCUCUGGUUCCCAGCAGCAAACCGGAUCUACUAAUUCCGUUCAGCACCUGUCCCAAACCCCUCUGCCUGAGCCCACCUUCCGUGUGCUGAGUUCAGUUUGCCCUUCAGAGGCGCCUCCUCUCCCAACAGCUUACUACCGCUACAUAGAGCCGUCAGGGGAGGAACAGGACAGUGUGGCUGAGUAUGACAUGGAUGAGGAGGACCUGGCCUGGCUAGAGAUGGUGAACCAAAAGAGAGUGUCUGACGGCCAUGCCUCUGUUUCUGCGGACACUUUUGAGCUUCUGAUCGACCGCCUCGAGAGAGAGUCCAUCCUGGAGUCCCGUAGCCUGGCGCUGUCGCAGAGUGCCGUCGACGAGGACGCCUUCUGCUGUGUCUGCCUGGAUGAUGAAUGUCUGAACAGUAAUGUCAUCCUGUUCUGUGACAUCUGCAAUCUGGCUGUCCACCAGGAGUGUUACGGUGUGCCAUACGUCCCUGAGGGCCAGUGGCUGUGCCGCUGCUGCCUGCAGUCCCCCUCCCGUCCUGUAGACUGUGUACUCUGUCCCAACCGAGGAGGUGCCUUCAAACAGACAAGUGAUGGACGUUGGGCCCAUGUUGUCUGUGCCAUAUGGAUCCCAGAGGUAUGCUUUGCCAACACGGUGUUCUUAGAGCCAGUUGAGGGGGUUAAGAACAUCCCUCCUGCCCGCUGGAAGCUCACCUGUUACCUGUGUAAGCAGAAAGGCAGGGGAGCAUCCAUUCAGUGCCACAAAGCCAACUGCUACAGGGCCUUUCAUGUCACCUGCGCCCAGAAGGCUGGCCUGUUUAUGAAGAUAGACCCGGUCCGGGAGACAGGCGUUAACGGCACCACAUUCUCUGUGAAGAAGACUGCUUUCUGUGAGCAUCAUUCUCCAGUGGGGUCUCGGCGGGACGGGUCUGGAGACGAAUCAGUUGAAGGGAGACUCGUGGGCGGCAGGGGUAACCGGGGUCAAAGGUCUUACACUCAAAGUCCCCCCCCAACACCAAAUAAGAAGGGUACCAAGGGCCAGAAAAAGAAGAAUACAAAAGGGUCUGGUGGGUCCACACGUCGCUCAACUGUGCCUGUGCUGCUCGUGCCUCAGAUUCCCUCCCACAGGCUGAACAAGAUCUGCACAGGAGUUGAAGUCCAGAGGAAGAAUCAGUUCAUGCAGAGGCUUCAUAACUACUGGUUGCUGAAAAGGCAGUCCCGAAAUGGGAUGCCUUUAAUACGCCGACUGCAUUCCCAUCUACAGGCACACAAGGCCACAGAACAGAAGGAGCCUGAUGAGAAGCUCUGUGCUGCAAGAGAGGAGCUACGAUACUGGCAAAAGUUGAGGCAAGACUUGGAAAGAGCCAGGCUUUUGGUGGAACUUAUCCGCAAGAGAGAGAGGCUAAAGAGAGAGCAGAUGAAAAUUCAGCAGGCUGCUCUUGAACUGAAGUUGACCCCUGCGUUGGUGCUUCUCCGAUCCACCUUGGAGCAACUGCAAGAAAAGGACACAUCUAAAAUCUUCUCUCAGCCUGUCAAUCUAUCAGAGGUCCCAGAUUAUCUGGAGUUUAUUUCCCAGCCGAUGGACUUCUCCACCAUGCGUACGAAGCUGGAGGGACACGCCUACUGCUCCAUCACUGACCUGGAGAAGGACUUUGACCUCAUGAUCUCCAACUGCCUCAAGUACAACUCCAAGGACACCAUGUUCCACAGAACAGCCUUACAAAUGCGGGAGGUGGGUGGAGCCAUUAUGCGCCACGCCCACAGACAGUCUCAGAGCAUCGGCCUGGACCCCAGUACCGGCAUGCACCUCCCAGAGUCUCCAAACAAACAUGGCUUCUACCACUGUACGUGGGAUGACGUCGACUCUCUCUUGGACCCAGACAACAGACUUCACUUGACCACAGACGAGCAGCUAAAAGUUUUACUUGAUAAACUGGACAUGGUUACAUCUAUGCGUUCCAGUGGCGGCCGAACCAAACGCAUUAGGUUACUGCGCCGAGAGAUCAACACUCUCAGGCAAAAGAUGAACCAGCAGAAGCAAAACGCUCAGUCUGUUAAUGGUAAGGACAAGGAUGAAGAAGUAAAGGAAGAAGAGGGAGAAGAGGAGGAGGAGGAGGAACAGGAAGAGAGGAAAAAGAAAAAGCAGAAGACAAACGUCGUGGAUAUUGGACUUUUGACAACAGUGUCCAACUCUGGGACAGAUGACUCUCCGCCUGUGUUAGAACUUACAUGUCCAGUGUCAUCGCCGCUGCCUGGAGAUGCCCCACUCGAACCUCCUGUCCUGGGCAUCGUACCUGGAGGACGAAGGUCACCUGGGCGCUCCUACAAGCGUCAGAGAUCAUCCCGCAGCGGCAGCAAAACCCAGGGUGAAGAUGAGGCUGAAGUUGGUGAGACACCAUCUUUGCAAGCAGAGGCUGUUCACGAGGUCACACCUCUGGGAACGCCGCCAACUCUGCCGUUGAUUGGAGUCGGGCGUCGUACGUCUGUGCUAUUCAAGAAAGCCAAAAAUGGCGCGAGAGUCACAAAGAACAAAUCUCCCCAACGACAGAAUGGAAAAGCCACCAACGGCCUGGAUAACACUCCUGCCAGCCCAAAUUCACCCAGCAUCACCAACAUCACCACCUUACCUCCAACUCCAAAUGCCUCCCCUACACCUCCCUCUCCUUCCUCGCACCACCUGAGGUCCAGAGGCCACAGUUCAGAAAGUGAAGCAGACAAACUCCCUCCACCACCCAGAGAAGGAGGCCUGACAAAUGGAAAGCACACCUCUGUAGACCAGGAUGAUGACCAAAAACUAAACUGUAGUGUCUCCCCACCCAAACGUAGUCGGGGUAAACCUGCACUGGCUAAAGUCCCUGGCAGUGAGAAUGGAGACAUCUCUGGGCCUGAUAGUGAGAGGGAGCUCGCACCUCUGGACCUAGUCUGGGCCAAAUGCAGAGGAUAUCCAUCAUACCCAGCAAUGAUUGUUGACCCAGACAUGCCCCAGGAAGGGCUUCUUCACAACGGCAUCCCCAUCCCAGUGCCUCCUGUGGAGGUGCUCAAACUGGGCGAGUGGAGACAAACGGAAGCUGGCGAUAAGCUCUUCUUAGUGCUGUUCUUUGACACCAAAAGAACUUGGCAAUGGCUCCCUCAAAACAAACUGCUGCCAAUGGGGAUGGAUGACACUGUAGACAAGCUGCGCUUGAUGGAAGGAAAGAAACCCAGUGUCCGCAAGUCUGUACACACUGCGUACGACCGGGCCAUGGUACAUUUAAACCACGUGAGAGGAAAUCUCAACUUCACUCCCUCCAAUUUUAUAUGAAUUUUAGUUUCCCGUUUUUAUCAUCUUUAACAGGCUGCCUGGUUAUAUGUACAGAAGCUUCAUUGAUACUCUUAAAAAAGGUGGAAAUUAAAUUGUUCCUGAUGGUUUUCUGCAUAAAACUGUUGCUCUGACUUUCAAAAGGUUUUCAAUGGAGUGAGAGGAAAAAGCGCUUUUCGUAGAUGAAUCUGCACAUAUAUAUAUUCAUGAGAUUUUUAAAAAAAGGAUUUACACAACCACUGUUGCUAUGUGUUCAUAUAAAGUUUUUAUUUUAGGCCAAAGUGAGUCAAGACUCUAAAUGAGAGAAGUGUAAAUAUUUAAUUGUCAAAGGGAUCGUCUUGAUUCAAAACAUAUUUAGAUUGUAUUUGCCAUUGAAAUGUCACUGUGUUUAAUGAAGUGUGGAAGUCUUACUUAACAUUCACUUUAUAUCUGGACUCUCAGGAUUGGUUUGGACAGCUACGGACAAAAACAUACAUUUUAGCCUUUGAAAUUAGUGAAAAAUAUGAUCUAAGCAAGUAUUUUUGAUUUAAGAUAUUCCCUCCACAAAAUAAAAUCUAGCAUUUUCAUGAAAAUGGCUUGAAUUAUUUUUUGAAGUAAGUGUUAAAACAAUUUGAAAUUAAGAGAAAUACUACAAAGUUAUUGUCACAAGGCUGCCAAUGCAAACAUUCUUAAUAUUUUUUUAGUCCAGCUAUGAUGUGUUGUAGGUGGGACUUUAGAGGUGUUUAAUUAUUUUUCCAUAUUGUGAAACUGUAUUGAUACUAGAAUGUCAGAGUACCCAGUGCAGCUACUUGGUUAGUAAGAUGUGAAGCCACUGCAGAGGUGAAGCUGGUUAUUUAUGUGGUUACGACAAAGUCUACUGCGAUCACUCACUCACUGAGGAACUUGCAGGUUGUUUGAAAAUCUGGCUGAAAUGACUUGAAAAGCACAAUCGGUCCGUUUUUUGGGGGGAGGAAAAAAAAAACUUCUGGAGCCAUAUGAGUGGCAAAAAUGUGUGUGUGUGUAUGUGUACAGUAUAUACAUAUAUGUAUACGAGCUCAGUGUAGUAAAGGUGCAUGUGUAUAGUUUUGUAAAUAUGUAAAUCUAUGUUUAUAUUGGCUUACAUGAAGUAAUUUAAGGAAUGCAAAAAUCAAAUUUAGAUUUUAAUUUAUAACUUGUGGCAGUUGAGAGUGUUAUUUAAAAAGUAAAUAUUGAAAAGGUUUAUGUAUGAUGCUAAGUAGCUCUUUGUAAUAGUGAUGGUCUUCACCAACAUGUCAGAACAUAUUCUCUACAAGCGAGGCGUCACGAGACCUGAGCGCUCUGUAGGCUGCAGUGACCCGCUCGCCCACUGGAGGCUUUUCUUUCUUAAGUGGCGCAGGUGAUUUUUUUUUGAUCUUGUCAUUUUAAUUGUACGGCAAGAUCUAUAAUCUGCCUGAGGCAAUAUUUUCUCACACAAGAAUAAAUGCUGUUUGAAACAACUGCAUGUCUGUCAUUUUAAAAAAAGAAGAGUUCACAUCGGUCUGAUCAGUUUAUCAAACUUGAAAUUUGUCAAUUUGUCGAGGUA